AUGCAAUCUAGCUCUCUUGAGAACAUGUUGAAGGAGUAUAUAGUGAAGAAUGAAGCCAUGAUUCAAAGCCAAGUGGGAUCAUUGAGGAACUUAGAAAACCAAGUUGGGCAACUAGCUAAUGAGCUUAGAAAUAUACCCCAUGGUACAUUACCAAGUGAUACCGAGAAUCCAAGAAAUGUGGGCAAGGAACAUUGUAAAGCUGUCACUUUGAGAAGUGGGGAAGAGUUGGAGAAUAUACCAAUACAAAUUCUGGCAUUGUCGCCCAGACAGCUCAAUUUCAAAGCAACCACCUCCAUUUCCUCAACGUUUUUAGAAGCAAAAGUUGGAUUCUUAAUUCAAGAAACUUUAGAUAUGUUGAAGCAGCUGCAUAUCAACAUCCCACUUGUAGAGGCACUUGAGCAAAUGCCUAACUAUGUGAAAUUCAUGAAAGAUGUUCUCACAAGGAAGAGAAGGUUAGGAGAGUUUGAAACUAUGGCUCUAACCAAGGAGUGUAGUUCAUUUUUGCAAGACAAGUUUCCACCAAAGUUGAAGGAUCCUGGGAGUUUCAUUAUUCCAUGUACUAUUGGAAACACUUAUUGUGGGAUGGCAUUAUGUGAUUUGGGUGCUAUCAUUAAUUUGAUGUCCAUGUCUGUUUUCAAGAAAUUGGGGAUUGGAGAAUUCAGGCCUACUACAAUUACUCUUCAACUUGCAAAUAGAUCUCUUGCUCACCCAGAUGGGAAGAUUGAAGAUGUGUUUGUAAGGGUAGACAAAUUUAUAUUCCCUGCUGAUCUUAUUAUGCUAGACUAUGAGCUAGAUACAAAAGUGCCCAUUAUCUUGGGGAGGCCAUUUCUUGAAACAUGA